GUGAACCACGACACUUACUUUGGACCGGCAAGAGUAUUUUUCUGUAGACGAAGGGCAAUAUAUUAAUGUCAAGAUGGUAUAAACACUCACCCCACUUCUGCAAUGACACAAUGCAAUGAGAACUAAUGGAGACAUUAGUAGUAGUGGCUUAUUUUUCUAAUUGAAACGUCAAGUACCUGAUGAUGUAUGGACAACCGCAAUUAUUAUUUCAGCAAGUCUCAACACUGAAACCUUAUAUAUAUAGAGCAGAUGAAACAAUGUCCAAUGUGCUACAUCUGCGCAGUAUUAUAAUCGUGAAGUUACGGCAGACAAUAAUUGCUAGACAUGUUAACUGCCUUGUUUUUUAAGUGUAACGUAUGCAAUUACUUGAAGCUGAUAUUUCUGUCAUCUUUCCCAGUGUCAUUGAUGUUUCCUGUUCUUGUGCUGCUUCUCCUGUCAUAUGUACUGCAACCAGCAUUGAGUUCAUCUGUUCAGGCACUAGAGCGGUUGUUCCAGCAUACAACUGACAGGGAUACCUUGCUGGCCUUCAAGUCAAGCCUAAGCAACCAACAGGAUGUCCUAGCUGCAUGGAACACUACUAGUGACUUCUGCCGGUGGCCAGGUGUCGUUUGUGGCGCUAAGCACAAAGACAGGGUCACGGUGCUUAACCUCUCUUCGGAGGGACUUGUUGGCCCGAUAAUACCUUCCAUUGGGAAUCUCACCUUCUUGAAAAUUCUGGACCUCAGCUUGAACCAUUUGCGUGGUGAAAUACCUUCACAAAUUGGUCGUCUAUCUCGGUUACGAUAUCUUGACUUGUCCAACAACUCGCUUCAUGGUGACAUGAACGCUGGGUUGAAGAACUGCACCAGCCUUCAAAGCAUCAAUCUUGGGUCAAACUUGCUCACCGGAGAAAUCCCUUCAUGGCUCGGAGGCUUGUCAAGUCUCCGGACCAUAAUCUUGCAGAAGAGUAACUUCACAGGGAUUAUUCCGCCAUCACUUGCCAACCUCUCAGCACUACAAAAAAUACAUUUAAGAUCAAACCAACUUGAGAGCUCCAUACCCGAGGGCCUUGGCAGGCUCGGUAAACUCUUUUACAUUGACCUAGGAGAAAACCACCUGUCCGGCACUAUUCCUACAACUUUCUACAAUCUUUCUUCUCUGACCCGCUUUAGGGUGACAAAUAAUGAGUUGCAUGGCACCCUGCCAUCUAACUUAGGGGAUCACCUCCCAAAUCUCGAGUACCUACUGCUUGGCAUCAACAACUUUACAGGAAGCCUUCCAGCUUCUCUUGUCAAUGCAACUAACAUAUACUCCCUAGACAUCUCAUUUAACAACUUCACCGGAAUAGUGCCUCCUGAUAUUGGCAAGCUUUGUCCAGACUUCCUAUCUCUAGAAACAAAUCAGCUCAUGGCAGCCACAGCUCAUGAUUGGAAGUUCGUUACGUUUUUGGCAAACUGCACACGUCUACGCUUGUUCGACCUCCAGUAUAACAAGUUAGGUGGCGUACUGCCAAUCUCUGUUACCAACCUAUCAUCACAACUCCAAAUUCUAUGUGUUAACCACAAUGAGAUUUCCGGAAAGAUACCAUCUGGGUUAAGCAAUCUUGGUGGGCUAAAUUAUUUGCAAUUAUCUCACAACAGAUUCACUGGUAUCUUGCCUGAUAGCAUCGGACAUCUAAGUUCGCUACAAGCCUUGGCCUUUAAUGGAAACCGGUUGACAGGAUUCAUUCCCUCCUCCCUUGGGAACUUGACGAAGCUAUUAGAACUUUACUCUGGUGAAAACAAGUUUGAGGGACCACUUCCAACAAGCCUAGGGAGACUGCGGGAGCUAACAAUAGCAACCUUUGACAACAAUAAGUUCACAGGUCCAUUGCCUAAAGAGAUCUUCAACUUGUCAUCCUUGUCAUAUGCUCUAGAUUUGUCAAAUAAUAAUUUUGUUGGACCUCUUCCACCAGAAGUUGGCUUCCUCACCAAGGUUGCUUACAUAUACAUCCACUGGAACAACUUGCAAGGGCCGCUACCUAAUACACUCAGCAAUUGUCAAAGCUUGAUAGGUCUUCGGUUGCACCAUAACUCCUUCAAUGGUAGCAUUCCUGCAGCUAUCAGCAAAAUGCGAGGCUUGAUAUUGCUUUCUUUAGCAGAAAACACACUCUCAGGUGUGAUUCCUCAGGAGCUGGGGCUCAUGGGUGGCAUUGAAGCAAUGUAUCUUGCAUUCAACAAAUUGUCUGGUCAGAUCCCGGAGGAUAUGGAGAACAUGACAUCAAUUUACCAUUUAGACCUGUCCUUCAACCAUCUGGUUGGCAAGGUUCCAUUGCAAGGUGUGUUCAGUAAUGUGACUGGGUUUCUAUUUUAUGGGAAUUCGGGGCUCUGCGGUGGCAUCUCAGAAUUACGUUUGCCCGCAUGCCCACCAGAAUCCACGGAACACAGCUUAAGGAUACACCAUGUCCUUCUAGCAAUAGUUAUUCCGGUAGUUGUUGGCAUCAUUAUAUGUUGUAGUUUGGCACUUGUAUUCUUCACAAUAAGAAGGAAACAAAGGGCUCAGUCCACCAGCAUGAGAGGAUUCAUAUUGGUAGAUGGAAAUUACCCUAGAGUUUCUUAUGCCGAAUUGCUCCAAGCAACAAGCUGUUUUGCCGCAGACAAUUUGAUUGGUAAAGGAAGGUAUGGAUCCGUCUAUAAGUGUGAGUUGCUGCUAAAAAAUAUGAUGACCACGGUUGCUGUGAAGGUUUUUGAGCUUCAACAAUCUGGAUCCUCCAAAAGUUUUCUAGCCGAGUGUGAGGCAUUAAGUAAUAUCCGCCAUCAGAAUUUGAUUAGUGUCAUCACUUGCUGCUCAAGCUCGGACUCAAACCAAAAUGACUUCAAAGCCAUUGUGUUUGAGUUCAUGCCUAAUGGGAGCCUAGACAGGUGGUUACAUCAAGAUGUACAUGCAACACAACAACUUCAAGGCUUGACACUAAUGCAGAGAUUAAAUAUUGUCGUUGAUGUUGCUGAUGCACUAGAUUACUUGCACAACUGCGAACCACCAAUAGUUCACUGUGACUUGAAGCCAAGCAACAUCCUUCUUGAUAGUGAUUUACUUGCUCGCAUUGGGGACUUCGGCCUUGCAAAGAUUCUUUUAGAUCCAGCGGCUGAGCAACAAAUUAAUUCAAAGAGCUCAGUUGGAAUAAGAGGAACAAUUGGAUAUCUCGCUCCAGAAUAUGGUGAAGGUGGUCAAGUUUCUACAUCUGGAGAUGUAUACAGCUUUGGAAGUGUCAUCCUCGAGUUGUUUACAGGCAUGGCACCGACGCAUAACAUGUUCAAAGAUGGGCUGACCUUACAGAAGUAUGCCAAGAAUGCAUUCCCAGACAUGUUAAUGAAGAUUGUUGAUCCAGCCCUACUGUCCUUUGAAGAAGUUUAUGUCAGAAGUUUGCAGGGUGGAAGCUACAAAAUGGAAGAUGUCAGCAACACGAUGUUCUCAAUCAUGGAAGUUGCAGUAUCAUGUUGCAAGCAAGCAUCAGCAGAGAGGAUGUGCAUGAGAGAUGCAGCAGCUAGGAUGCACAAGAUAAGAGAUAACCAUGUUGAAAGAAGGCAAAGUGAGCACGUCAUUAUAACUGCAUAGAUGCAUUAUAUGCACCAUGAAGUAAGAAUAAUAUUGGCAAGACAUGUACAGUAUGUCACGCAUUCUGCUUGCCAUUUGAACCAGAAUAGCAUUUGUUUAACCUAGCAAUCAGACAUGGGUUACCACCUGUCCAAACUCCCAGGCGGGCAUGGAGCUAGAACAUAUUGGCCUACUAUUUUGGGUUUUAAAUUUAUAUAUUGAAGUAUCUAUGAAGUAUUGUUA